ACCAUAGUACUCUCUGAGAGUAACACACAGUAACACAUGGUAACUCGUAAGCUGGGACGAGGUGCUAAACACGUGUUAUAACGACUGUCGUUUCCCGGCCACGCGAGGAUAAAUUAAAUUAUAAUCAUGGAAGAAGAGAAUGUGGUCGUUCCCGAGCCAGAACCUGUAGAAGAAUCAGAUGUAACGGAAUUGGAACCUCAAAAAUGUAUCGUUAACGUUGAGUCGACGCCUGUCCCAAGACCGCAAAGCAGGGGAAGUAUUUCUCCAACUAGACAGACAAUCAGCCAACUAAGCAGCACCCAUACACACCUUCAAGCUCGCACCCUCACGCCAGGUUCCACACGAAAAUCGGAUUCUUCACGAGAAAUAACAAAAGAUGAAAUUCCUGAUGAAGUCAGUGAUGGAGGUUAUGAUACAGAUCUUGAAAUUGAAGUAACCAAAGAAGAAUAUGACACAACUGGUAAAACAACCUACAAAGAUGCAUGCAAACAAUUUGGAGUAAUUCCUGUAUCUUACUUCCUACGUCAUAUGCAAGACCAGGAUCUUAUUAUGAGACAUCAUGGCCUCGGACCUGCUGGUGCUAAAGCAAUUGCCGUAUCACUUGUGUCAAAUACACGAAUCUUGAAACUUGAUUUGUCCGACAACUGGUUGAAUGCACAAGGAGGAGUUGCUAUUGCUGAGAUGUUGAAAGAAAACUGUUACAUUUCAGAACUGAUCCUAUCAGAUAACCAUCUUGGUUUUGGAGGAGCUGCAGCACUUUGUGAAACACUGCAAGAGAAUGUUACAAUCACACAUGUAACAUUAUCAGGAAAUGACUUUGAUGAUGGAACGGCUGUUCCUAUCUCAGAAAUUAUCAUGUCAACCCAGAAACUGGAACAACUUGACUUGAGUUGUAAUUUAUUCGGGGAGGCAGGUGGAGAACUCCUUGGGCCGGCUAUCUCAGAAAACACUUCAAUUAAAGACCUCAAUCUGAGUUGGAAUCAUUUCAGGAGAAAUGGAGCCGUCAGUCUUGCUAAAGGUGUUGGUGCCAACAUCUUCUUAAAGAAAAUUGAUUUAUCUUGGAAUGGUCUAGGCUUGGAAGGAGCGUCUGCACUUGGAGAUGCAUUAAGAAAUAAUAAUGUUCUCGAAGAACUGGAUGUCAGCAACAACAGGAUUUCUACAGAGGGUGCUAUACUUCUAGCUAAAGGUCUUCUCUCUAAUGAAACUUUGAGAAUUCUAAGAAUCGGAAAAAAUCCAAUUCAGAGUGCCGGAGGUUUUGGUAUUUUAACAGCAUUACGACAAAAUGGAGGAUCUGUAGUUGAAACACUUGAUUUGUCAGAUGUAGUUGUGAACAAAGACUUUGUUGAACUUGAAACAGAAGUGAAAGAAACAAGACCAAAGUUGGUCAUUAUCACUGGCGGGGAAGAAACUGAUAAAAAAGUUGCUCCAAAACCAAGGGCAGACCCCAUGACCAAACUGAGACAAUACAUGGAGGAGAAUAACUUGAGACUGGUUGACUUUUUCAACCAAGUUGAUGAAGACAACAGCAUGAGUGUCACAAGAGAGGAAUUUCAGAAGGGCAUCGAGGAAGCUGGUAUUAAACUGACAACUGAUGAGAUGUCUCAACUGCUUGACCAACUAGAUAAAGAUGGAGAUGGUGAAGUUAAUUACAGCGAACUGGUUAUCGGUAACCUUGAACACUUACAAAGGGAAAAGCAGAAAAGAGAUCAAAAUUUGUCUAACUCUCCAAUUUAGCUUGCUUUCGAAAACCCUGUUAUAACUUUACCUAUGUUUCUUCAUUGUCUUUUUCACAAAGUAAAUCGUGUUUAGAAACUGGUGACACAUAUUCACAGAGCAUAGUAGAAAAAAA